GGCGCAUGAAUCGCCGCUUUCUGCGCGGGGUCCUAGCGCUCUUUCCGGCGCCGCCGCCCCUCCGAACCCGGCACCGCAUGCUCAGCCCGGAGUCCAUCCCACCCUCCAAACGACCUCGCAGCCCGAGCACCUCUCCUGCCCGCACCGCUUCCCCUGGAGGCCCAGCGUUUGGCCCCUACCCGCGCGACCCCCUGGCCGCUCUUUGACCUCCUCUGUGCCCGCAGGAUGCAGAGAUUGUGCGGACCCGGGAUCCCGAAAAACUGGCUUCGUGUGACAUCGUGGUGGACGUGGGUGGCGAGUAUGACCCUCAGAGACACCGAUAUGACCAUCACCAAAGGUCUUUCACAGAGUCCAUGAGCUCCCUGCGUCCUGGGAAGCCAUGGCAGACCAAGCUGAGCAGUGCAGGACUCAUCUAUCUGCACUUCGGGCACAAGCUGCUGGCGCAGUUGCUGGGCACUAAUGAAGAGGACAGCACAGUGAGCACCAUUUAUGACAAGAUGUACGAGAACUUCGUGGAGGAGGUGGACGCGGUGGACAAUGGGAUCUCGCAGUGGGCAGAGGGGGAGCCUCGAUACGCACUGACCACUACCCUGAGUGCCCGGGUUGCUCGGCUUAACCCUACCUGGAACCAGCCCAACCAAGACACUGAGGCAGGGUUCAAGCGUGCAAUGGACCUGGUUCAAGAAGAGUUUCUGCAGAGACUAGACUUCUACCAACACAGCUGGCUGCCAGCCCGGGCACUGGUGGAAGAGGCCCUGGCCCGGCGACUUCAGGUGGACUCAAGUGGGGAGAUAGUGGAGCUGGCAAAAGGAGGGUGCCCCUGGAAGGAGCAUCUCUACCACCUGGAAUCUGGACUGUCGCCGCCAGUGGCCAUCAUGUUUGUUAUCUACACAGACCAGGCUGGACAGUGGCGGGUACAGUGUGUGCCCAAGGAACCCCACUCAUUCCAAAGCCGGCUGCCUCUGCCAGAGCCGUGGCGGGGCCUUCGGGAUGAGGCCUUGGACCAGGUCAGUGGGAUCCCUGGCUGUAUCUUCGUCCAUGCCAGCGGCUUCAUCGGUGGGCACCGCACCCGAGAAGGUGCCUUGAGCAUGGCCCGUGCCACCUUGGCCCAGCACCCACACCUCACACAGAUCUCCUAGUCCAAUAAAAAUUGUAUCUCAUCCUGA